AUGAAACAUGCACGGCUUAGACCAUGGAGGCUUUUAUCAUCGGCAUGGUGCUUUGGCAGCAUUAGAAGUGAUACGGAUUCGCAACUACUCAGCCCUCCAGGAGACGCUACCACCCCGAACGGUUCUUUGCACAGCAUACCAACUUCUGAAGAGUCAGAAAAUCCUAUAGCAAUCGCGACUGAGCAUCAACAGUUACCGUUCGCCACUUUCAUCGAGUGCGUUGUGGAGGUCGCUUUCGAUGGCGAAUCUGUACCAGGACAAGCAUCGACUCAAAUUGCGUGGACCGAAUCUGGGCAGUAUGCGAAGGUGCAGUCCGCGGCGCAAAGCCUGCUCAUCAAACACUAUGGAAAGACCAGUCUACAAGCGCGGCAUCGUAUUAGAAGGCGCGCGCACAUAGAUGUCUUUAAGAGGUCGGGACUGCAUGAGCCGCAAGACCUCCUGGAGACGGACAUCACAUCGACACCGGCGCAAUGGGACCGGCAUUUUGCCAUGAUGGUUGCCAAUCAUUGUCUCACGCAUGGCAUAUCGGGGAUUCAAUUGAAGACACGAUUGGAAUACAACAGGUCGGUACUGGCAUAUCUUCCGAAUGAUCCCUCGGCAUCUGUAUCGUUACGUGCUUGUGACGCAGUCCUGCAGUCCACAGAGGGAGUGAAAGCCGUCAUAAUUUCCACGAAGAAGGAAGACAACGACUGGGAAGAAGACCCAUUCCUGCCGCGCACAAAGGCACGAAGCCUUUUUCCCAGGCGCAUCAUCGAGAAAAUCAUUCGGGAGUUACCGAUGCCACCUUCGUACCUGGAGAGCGACAUCAGAGAAUGCAUCAAACACGUUGUGGACAACGGGAUACACCUCCUGGCUUGUUGUAUCUUGGCUGGCAAACCUGAGUGUAUCUUCCAUUUCGUAAAGAGCAAGAUUUCAGACUCGGACCUACCAUUGGACAAGAAAACCCUGAUGGCUCGACAUGAAUGGGUUCAGGAUGCCGUUACGUUCCAUGGCUUUCCACAGCACCAGAGGAUGCUCACAGUGCUUGACUUUGCACUAAUGAGUCCAGAAACGAGCGUGAGGGCAAGUCGCCACGACGAUCUUCCAGGUUUGUUUGAAAAGGUGUCAACAGAAGGCAACUACUUCUACGUGAAGCCUGACGUGGUUGUACCAUUCAUGGCGGCUAAAAUGGUCAAGGAUGGUGUCGGCGGCUAUGGCGUUGUUUAUGAAGUUGAGAUUCAUCCUGAGUAUCACAGCUUUGAGGAGAACAAGUUCGCCUUGAAGAUCUUCCAGAACCACGUCCGCAUUCGUAACUUCGACGAAGAAAGUCGUGUUCUUACUCAGCUGGCAAGGCUUAACAAUCCCUCAAUAGUAGUACCGCUUGCGAGUUGGCAGCAAAACGAGGAAUUCUACAUGCUGAUGCCCUUGGCAAAUCGCAAUCUCGCAAGCUAUCUGGACGGCGAAAGAAAACUUUACCGCACGCCAGCAUUCUGUCUUCACAUUCUGAAACAACUGCAGAACAUAGCAAGUGGAAUUCAGUCGAUCCAUAUGCUAAAGGUAAUCGUCACCGGUGCCGAUGAGAAUCUGGCAGUCAAUACACCUGCCAACCUCCAGAAGCUAAGUGGCUAUCACCAUGACUUGAAACCAGCGAAUAUCCUUGUAUAUGGCCAACAGACCGAGAAUGACUAUUCGGGCGAAAGCUGGAAAAUCAAUGACUUCGGCACGGCUCGAAUAUCUACGAUAGUCUCCGGACAAGAUAGUAGAAUGCAUCGCGACGAUAACUCUGCCGACCCUAGCGGCGUCGAUAUGGAGUACGGGGCUCCAGACCAAGAGAUUUCUGGGAUUGGCGGCCGCUCACGACCGUACGAUAUCUGGGCGUUUGGUUGCAUAAUCCUCGAAGUUCUGGUUUGGAUCUUUUACGAGGAGGAGCAUUCGGUCGGGACCUUUGGCUACGCGCGUUGGAUGGACGGCGUGGAAUCCGGGAGCAUCAAGCAUUCUGGUUCAAAGAUCCCACUACAGGAGACAUCGAGCUCCGACCAGCUGUGGUGGAACGACUCAAAUUUCUAG